AUGAAAGGACAGUAGAGUUCAUCAUUAAAACGGUAAAUCCAUACAUCAAAUUAGAUUCUCAGCUUUAAUAAAAUACCCUCCAUUGCAGACACUUAUGAUUAUAUUAAAAAUAAUAUAACAGACUCUAGAUUAGUAAAUUCACCAAAAAUAAUAUCAAGAGCAAUAAAUCCCCCUCAAUAUAAAUAGGACACUUAUCUAGAUUUGGCUUUUAUGACUGUAGCAAAACCAGACUCAAGAUAUGAUUUUAACAAGCUUCCUAAUUUGGAAAAAAAAACAGAUGUUUAAAGAGUGAAAUGGUUUAUUAAAUAAAAUAAAUAGAUAGAAUAAUAAUAACAUUUCUUAGAAUUCUUAAACUCAACAAAAGCAUAAUCUUCUAAAAAUUUUGAUUAACAAAUUGUUGAUCAAUUAAGCUAAGUUUAGGAUAAGAAUUAAUCAAAUAAUUGUGACAAGUAUUUUGUUGUUAAAACGCCUACUAAACCUAGUUUAAUUAAGAAUAAAAAUACCAGUAGAUGUAAUCAUAUUUAUUUAGAAAAGAACUAAUUGGCAAUAGCUCAACUAUGAAUGGAGUUAAGAAAAAGGCAUUUACUAAAAACGUGAAUUUAGAAUGUAUUAUAAAAUAUAAGUUUAAUAGAAUUUAUUGAGAAAAAUAAUGAAUUAAGAAGACAUUGUCAAACUUAAUAGGAGCAGGAACAUACCUAAAAUUCUAUAUUGGAAUAAUUGCAAAUUCAAAACAUUCAACACAUAAAUUUAUAUUCAUCUGUCAAAAGAGGAGUAAAAAAUGAUGUUUUGCAUAAUCAAUAUAAAAGCGAAAUUUAAGAUUUAAUUGAAGUAGAUGAUGAAUUGUCAGCUUAGGAAUAUGACACUAUAUAGGAAUUGAAAAAAAAGUCAAUUUUUCAAAAUCCUUUCUCCAAUGCUCAUCAUUUUGAAAUUAAUCAGUUCAAAAAAUAGGUUGUUGAAUAUGAGCCAAAAGUGAUUUAGUAAAAUUAAAAUGAAAACGAAUAAAAUUUAAUUAUUUAAAAAAGAAAAAAUAAAAUCUAAAGAGUGUUAUUGUAAAUAACUUUAUUUUUACAUUGGAUGAUUGAACAUAAAUUAAAAUAUGAAGAUAUUAUCAGUUAAUAGGUUUUUUAAACGAAACCUUAUUAAAGUGCUCAUUCUAAGUAAUGCUUUUAAAAAGUAAAAGCUAAUGACAUUGAAGUUGUCAAAUCAUUUAUUGCAUAGAAUAGAUAUUUAGUUUAUGAUUAUGAUAAUUUUAAGUUAUCUAUGCUUCAUCAUGCAGUUAUUAGAGAUUAUCCAGAGAUGGCAAUCUUAAUAUUAUAAAAUUAUGCUGAAGUUAAUUGUAAAGACAUUGUAAUAUCUCUAAAUUUAUUAUAGUAAGGAAGAACGCCGUUAUUUUAUGCUAUUAGAGGUAAAUGCAAUUAGUGUGUUUGCAUUUUAUUACAAUUCAAAGCAUCUCCAUGGGGAAAUUCUAAAAAUAAUUAUGACAAAUAUUUAGACUUUUUAGAUCCAAAAGUCAGAGAUCUAUACAAAAAAGCAAAGACAGUAUAAAUUUUAAUAUAGAUUAGAUUCAUCUUCGUAUGCAAAUACUCAAAGCGUCUAUUAGGGAACAAUAUUGGUCAUAAUAGAAAUUAAUGUUUAUAUAUAAAUGA